AUGGAUGUUCUUUUAAAAAAAAAGGAUCAUCUGGAAUACCGACUGGAACAAUUUAAACAAAAGGAAAACGACAGGAUCGAGUACAGGAAUCAACUUCUCGAGCAAGCACAGAAAGAAAGAUCGGCGAUAGAAGCAUUGGAAAAGGAAAUAAAUGGAAUGGUUUCAGCUCUUCUUGAGAAAAAGGAAGGAUUUAUGGAGCUGAAAGAUAAGGUUUCCAAAUACAGGAAGGAUGUCCUGAGAAGUAUAAAGGGGGAAUUUGAGUCUCUGUACAGAGAAAUAUUUGAAGAGGCCUCUAGAAUUCAUCCUUCGACAUCAUUCGCAGCUUUUGAGGAGUUUACAAAGAUUAAGGGAUUGAUUAAGAGGAAUGUAUUUAGAAACCUUGGGAGACGUCUGGAGAGGUUCUAUGCAGAAGAGAAGGGGAAGUUAAGGGAAUAUAUUUUGUCACAGAUGGAAAAGAAGUUGCAGGACAAACAGAAGAUGCAUGAGUUUGUGUUCAAUAUGAAGUUUCUGAGAAAAUAUGAGGAAUAUUUUUGUGAAGAUACAAUGAUAGACUUUCUUUACGAAAGGAUAUCGAAGGGCUUUGAGUACCACUUUAUGAGCAACAGGGAUACAAACAGACUGGAUAAACCUGAAUGGUUUCUAGACUUCAUUCUUUUGAAGCUUCGUGAAAGCAGGGGGAUUCUUGACAUAUAUCUAGAGCUAAGCAAGAAGAACAAAAGAGACGGCGAAGGCAAUGGGGAAUUUAGAGACUUAGUGGUUAGGACCGGAAACCUAAUAAAAGAGAAGAUAGAAGAGAUAUCUGGAAGUAGUAGUAAACAGAAGAGAAAUCUAGCACUGCAUCUUGGAACCCAGGUUAUGAAGUUUAGAUACGAGGUUUAUCACAGCUACAACAUUGUUCUUGAAUUUCCCUCUCUAGGAAGUGUUCUCUGCCAAGAACAGAAGAAAUAUGUUCGGGAAAGACUGGUGAAGAUACACGAGGCAAGACAUGUAAAAUGGUUUGGAGGAUACAAAGAGCUUUCAAGAGAGUGUCUUCUGUAUAUCUACAGGUUCCGGACGUUGGAUCCAGUGUUUGGGAUGGAAGAUGCCAUUAAGAUUAUUGUUGACUACAACAGAGUGUUUUUGGAAAGCCUAAGGUACAUAAACAGGCAAGAGGUAAGAGUUCUUUGCUGGGUGUACAGUGAGUUUGAAAGGUUGAAGACAUUUUUGCUAGAGCAAGAGAGUGAGGUGGUCUUUGACAGCAGAUUAAGCAUAGAGAAUAAGACUAUGGUUGUGAAGGAGGAAGGAGGAAAUCCUCAAGAUAUGCUUCACGAGGCUGUAACGGGAUCUCUAGAGAGGAUUUCUGAUUUCAAUAGUGAGAAUCUCAAGCUGAUUAUGUCGUUGGCAAUGAAUGACACAGCUGAAAGGCUCCGGCCAAUCAGGAAGUUUUUUCAUGAUCCAGGGAUGGUAUUCCGGAAUCUAGUGGUUGAUGUUGAAAGGUGUCUUGAAGAUUAUAAAGAGUGCUUGUCGUACAAUGCCAUAAAGCACAGUGUAAAAGAGAAGAUAGAUGGGUUUGUUCUUGAAGAGAUAGUGUUGAAGCAUAGGCUAGAGAGCUCUGAGUACUUUGAACUUGUUGGGAUGGUAAAGAAAUUGAAGGAGGUGUUUGAGGGAGAGGAAUGGAAGAGCGAGAUGGGCUUGAGAUGUGUUAGAGAUAUAUUUGAAGGAAGAGAGCCAGGGGACGGGCCACUAUCCAAAAUGGUCCAAGGCUUGUAUGAAUAA